GUUACUGCCAAACAGAAGAAAGAUGAACAGUGCUAUGAGAUAUCGCUUGAUCGCCAGCUGCUUGUCUGAGACAACUUAUGAAUGAAUUCAAAAAACGAUGUCAUCCGACUUAAUGUUAGACUUCGAGAAUCAUCGACAACAUCCUGCGAUGGACAGUGAGAUAGGCAUUAUCUCCAUCGACCAGGGAGGAGAGUGGGAUAUCAGCCUGUUUGACGAGCUGGACAACCUGGGAGAUGCAGAUGAGCUACUUGAGGCCCUGGAGAGUGCUGGCUAUGCCAGUCAGGGUCCAGACCUGGACUUUGAUAUCGACAUACCGCCAUGGAAUGCAGUGGACACAAGCAGCACCUGCACAGAUGGUGAGGUGAGCGUGGACUCUCUGUCACCUGCUCACACUCUGAGUUCUGUCCCCUCUCCUUCCUCUGUGGAAGCCCUGUCCCCAUACUCCCUACAAGAUGAGGCCCUGUCUCCACAGUCGCAGCUCUCUCCUGUUUCAGUCUGCUCAGAGUCCAGUGGCUUUUCUGUAAUCUCCACCCCUGCUAAGAAAGCUCCCAAGAGGACCAACCAGACCACACGAGCUCAGCCAAUCAAGAGGCCGAUUCAGAUAGGCCCGAGGGUUUCCAUCCAACCCAAACCGGUGAUUACAGCUGUGCCCUUGGCUCAUGCACCAGCUCCCCUGCAGGCCAAGACAAUCAUCAUCCAGCCCCUGCAGACCACUGUGCUGCCUGUGGUCAAGCCAGCUCCAGUCAACAUCCAACCAGCGCCCCCUCCAGGACAUCCUAUGGUGCUGUCUCAGCCAAGCCAGGUGCUACAGAUCCAGGCUCCGCAGGCCGUCACCGGCAAUGUGGUCGCCAUGCCAACGCUCAGACAGGACAGGCCUGUCCACGUCGCUGCUCCUCCAGUGGUCUCUGUCACACUUCGAAGCCCUUCGUCAGACGACGAUUCGAAGAUGUCCCAGAGGCAGCAGCGCAUGAUAAAGAACCGCGAGUCGGCGUCGCUGUCCCGGAAAAAGAAGAAGGAGUACCUGCUCUCGCUGGAAGCUCGCCUGAAGAUGGCAUUGUCCGAGAACGAGGUGCUCAAGUGUGAGAAUGGUAACCUCAAGAGACAGCUGGAGGGCCUGCUGAGCGAGAACAGAAUAAUAAAUGCAAAGGCCCCCAAGAGGAGAGCUGUGUGUCUCAUGGCGGUGUUGGUGUUCCUUGUGCUUAACAUUGGACCAAUGAGUCUGUUUCAGGGAGGCUCCAAACAUGACGUUUAUUCCACGCAGCACAGCGGCAGGCACCUGUUGGAUUUCUCCUCAGAGGCAGAAACUGACGCCGUGAUAGGCCCUGAUCCCCUCGGCAGUGCCCCCUCUGAGAUUGCGGACAGCUCUGAGGAUAAGGCCCUGAUGGUGAUGAAGGAUCCCAUCUUCCUCAGGCCCCCUCCUCCCUGCCAGCCUCCUGUAAACAGGACCAAGUGCUUUGAGUUGGCCCAUGAGCUGAGGGGUUGGGUCCACCGUCAUGAAGUGCAGCAGAUCAAAUCCAGGCGCACAAGUAACAGCAAUCACAAACCCACCAGGACCAUUCUGCAGAAAGCGGAGAAUAAAGAGGCUGAGAGUGCCCAGAUUGUGACCGUCCAAUACACAGACACUGCUGAGGAGAAGAAUCCUGGCAGUGAGCUGCAGGUAUACUACGCACCUCAUCACACCUACAGUGACUUCUUUGACGAGAUCAAUCGUCGUGGCGACACUUUCUACGUAGUGUCAUUCCGCAGGGAUCAUCUUCUACUUCCUGCCACCAACCACAACAAAGGACGUCGACCCAAGAUGUCUGUGGUGUUGCCAGCCAUGAACAUAAAUGACAGCAUCAUAAGGGACAGCGAGUACGAGGUGAUGAUGCAGAUUGACUGUGAAGUAACGGACACCAGGAUCCUCCACAUCAGGUCCUCCACCAUCCCGCCUUUGCUUCGGGUCAACCACACAGACACAUUUUUCCAGCACUCCCCGACUGACAACCAGGCCGCGCCUCCUGUCGGCGUGCUAAUGGGAUCUGCUUAAGAUCCGAGCAGCGCCUAUAUUAUUUCAACUCUAACGAAAACCCAUGAACACAAACAGAACAUCUCAGACCUCAGUUAACGUUUUUUUUUUUUUUUAAUUUAAAUCUGGUGUACUCCCAUUGACUUCAUGAUUGUGAUGUAGAUUUGAAUGAAAUCCAGUCAUCGCAAUACAAAGCUAGCUUUGAAAUUGUCAGCACCGGUCAGCCACAUUCUUUAUUAGCGCUGAUAUCUGGAGGAAGUCUGUAGCUCCUUGUGUGGCAACAUUGACUUGCUGUAACCCCAGACGCCCCACAUAAGGGUAAUUGCUUAGCGGCAGGGGGGCAGAGCAUUGAACCCUGAGUCACCCCAUCAUAACACAAAUACUUUUACCCCAUAGCAGCUCUCCUCGAGUCUGAUCUCUCUUUUUUAGAUGAUAAUUUCGGGACAAGCAGCAAAGCCAGAGAAGAAAACAGGAAAUGAUUAUACACCUAGGAUUAAUCUCACAUGGAACUUGUAUAAUUAAAGACAGAAGAAGACAUUUGUAAUAUAAGUGUUUAGAAACACAACAAAUUCUGUGUUUGUCUGGCUACAGAAGAGUGCUGUAAUCGGCUCUCUUGCUCAUCUGCAGCCUCUCUAUGAAAGCAGAUUUUCUGAGCAAGAUAGCGAGAGAUGCCAGGUUGAUUACAUAAGGCACUGGAGCCACUCAGUAAACUCAGGAAGUCAGGUGAUCUGUGAAGGCUAGCAGGCUAACCACUAUGUUGUUGGCCGGUUUCAGUUAAUUUAAGGAUUUCAGGUGCACUGUUUUUAGCACUGUAUUGAUGAAGAAUUUGAGUCCUCAAUUUCUGGGGUCUUCACACUGCGCUCCUCUUCUACUUAUUAACACAUUCAUAUACUGUCUGUAUUUAUUUGUGUUAUUAUGUAACAGUAAUGCCAACCCCUGUGGUGUGUUACAGUUCACUCAUUUCUGCUGGCUAAACUUCCUUCUGUCAAGAUUUAAGAGUUUUAUUUUCUCUAAUGGCUUGUGCUAUGUGGGAACAUUUUUUAAUAUAUUACAGAAAACUAAAUUGCAUAUUGUAUAACAAUAGUAACUGGUGGAUUAGAAGGAAACAUGGGAUAAAUGUUAGUGCUGGGAGAUGUAUUUAGUGUCAGUUUACUGGUAGGAGAUUUAUUGCAGAAAAAUAUAUCUUCAUCAAAUCUGAAAUCCCCACUGUGACCAUUGAGCUAAAAAUGCAGAUGUUUGACAUGUAACCACUGGUGAAAAACCUAUUUGAGUCCUGACAUCUCAGUCCUCGGGUUAAUUUGCACUUAUUUGGUGCCUUUAAGCCUAUAUUGAAAAUGCGUCCUACCGGAAAUUAAUUUUUUUUAAAGAACUGUGUGAUGGAGUUAUAUUAUCUGAUAGUUUUUAGUACUAAGUUGUUGUAAAAAAAAGCAAUUGCACUAUAAAUGCAGAAUCUGGGAAGAUCAGUUCUGGCUUUAAAUGCCUUAUAUUAAUAUGUCUGUCAGCUGAUUGUGGCUACCUAUAAAUGGGGGGUGAAAGUUUAAAUUAAAUAAGAAAUUACACAAUCAGACUUUGGAACAGUUUCUUAUACAGACGUUUUGUUUGUUGAGACAACAAACUAUACUUCUGUGUUUGAAAGUGUGUUUCUUUUAGCCACAUGAGUGUACAGAAGGUUAGAUUUUUUGCUCAACAGAUGCCCAUAAAAAUUGUUCAGAAAAAAAAAAAUAUGCCCUUUGCUUGUGUUUUCUUAAGCCAGGCCAUCUGUGUGUGUGUAAUUUUUUUUCCUCCUUUUGGUUGCAAGAAUAUAUUUGAUUCACCGCAAUGUUUUCACUGCAUCCCAACAGAACUUACUGUAGAGACAAAGCAAGAGUACAAUUAAAAACUUUGUAGGUUUUGUUUUUUGUAUUGUACUAUGUGCAUAAACCAAAAUAAACACUGGAUUUUCUCUAACUUUA